AUGGAGAGGUUACAACGUGCAUCCGUGAGAAGGCAGCAUGUGAAUGGAGACCUAACGGGGCAAGGAAACGGGCCUCCAGACUGCAGAAAAGUGUCUCAGAGCGAGCCGGCUUAUGAAAAUUUUGGUGAAAAGAUGUUGCUGCUUCAGUGCAGAAAUACAGCUUUUCCAAAGCCAUAUAGCUUGGUCACAAAUGGAAAAAUGAAGAUGCUCCUGGUCUUUUUAGGACUGCUUGGCAAUUCUGCUGCUAUGCCGUUCCAGAUGCCCAUGCCCCGGAUGCCUGGAUUCACCAGCAAAAGUGAGGAGAUGAUGCGUUAUGGUCAAUUCAACUUUAUGAAUGCCCCACCUAUGAUGCCCAUGGGCCCAUAUGGGCAUGGUAUGCCUCCACCGUACCCUCCGCCUCCGUACCCUCCACCACCCUACCCACAUAUGCCUAUGUGGCCUCAGCCACCACCCAACACAUGGCAGCCACCCCCAGUACCCAAGCACCCCAGCAAGCCUGAUGAGACACAAGAGACCCAAAAACCCAAUCAGACUGAGCCAAGCCAGCCACAGGGGCAAAGGCAGCCUGUGAAGGAGCCACCGAGUGAGCCCGCCAAGGCCAAAGAGGAAGGUCCUCUGCCGCAGGCAUACCCACCAUUUGGCAAUGGGCUAUAUCCCUAUCCACCACCUCCAUGGCCAAUUCCACAGAGGGGACCACCACCAGCUUUUGUACGUCCACAAUUCAGCAAUGAAGAAGGAGGAAACCCAUAUUAUCCUUAUUAUGGCUAUCAUGGCUUUGGGGGCCGUCCUUAUUAUUCAGAAGAGAUUGAAGAUUAUGAAAAACCCAAAGAAAAGGACCCUCCUAAAGUUGAGAGUCCAUCCCCAGAAUCCUCGGCUAACUCAACAGGGACGGAAGCUAACUCCACCCAAACCAACCCCGGAGGGAACGACACAAGCGUGGUGGGGGGCAGGACCCCUGGGCCAAGUACCGGGAGCACCCCUACAGUUCAGCUUGGCGUCUUCCCACCCCCCACGGCCAAUACUUCAGGUCAGGGAGUUCCCAGAAGACAAACCCCAUGGAAGCCAAAUAAGCCAAAUAUUUAUGAAAAUUAUCCAAAUCCUAACACUCCAAAUGUUCCUACAGGAAGACCCUGGCAUACCACUGGUGCUGGCCCGGGGAACAGACAGUAUAGGCCUCCUCCCCGAAAUCCUCCAGUCCAAAGGGGUCCUCGGUGGAAUGCCCUUCCUUGGGAAGGCAGACAAGCAGCUCGCCCUGGAAAUCCAAUCUAUCGAAAGGCAUCCCCUCCCACUUCAAGAGCUAAUUAUCCCAGCUAUGCAGGAAAUCCAGCAAACUUCAGAAGAAAACUUCAGGGGCCAAAUAAGCCCUUCACUGGGGCCAAUGCUGCCUCAAAUAAGCCCUUCACUGGGGCCAAUGCUGCCUCAAAUAAGCCCUUCACUGGGGCCAAUGCUGCCUCAAAUAAGCCCUUCACUGGUGCCAAUGCUGCCUCAAAUAAGCCAUUCACUAGGGCCAAUGCUGCCUCAAAUAAGCCUGUAGGGACCAAUGUGGCUUCAAAUAAGCCAUUUGUGGGGACCAACGUGGCCUCAAAUAAACCAUUCAUGGGGGCCAAUCCUGCCUCAAGUAAAAACCUCUUGGGAACUGAUGUGGCCUCUCUAGGUCCCAAACAGGGUGCUGUUGGCCAUAAUGUAAAAAUCGAAAACCCAAAGGAAAAGUCAGUAGGUCCAAAAGAAAGAACAAUCGGUCCUACAAAAGAUCCAACUUCCCUCUGGAGAAACUCUCAACAAUACGGAGUUAACAGACCAAAUUAUAAAUUGCCCCACCCCAAGGACAGCAUGCUAGGCCCGAAUGUUAUUUCUAUUGAUCAACGUGAAAACUUCUACUACCCAAGAGGAGAUUCUAGAGCAGUACCACAUCACAACAUACAAACCCAAGGCCAGAAUUUGCCCAAAGGGAUUGCUUUACAGCCAAGAAGAAUAUUUGAAGCAGAAACUAAACAGCCUGAGUUAAAGCAUAAUACACAUCCACCUGCACAUCCUGAGGAAAUCCCUUCUCCUACAAGAGAGCAUUUUCCUGCUGAACGAAACAACUGGAACCACCAAGAAAUUCCCCCAGUCUUUAAGGAAAAUCCCAUGAAGCAGGAAGAAAAGAUUCCUCACCCUCCCUAUGGCUCUAGGGGAAGUGUUUUCUACCAUGAAUACAGUUCCUAUUAUCCUAGGAAAAACUCACCACAUAUCAAAAGCAAUACAUGGGAUGAGAGAGUUGGUUCUCCCAAUAUUAGAGGACACCCAAAGAAUCCACAGUACCCCAUAAUCACUCCAGACCAGAAGGAAACAGUCCCUUAUAAUGAAGAGGACCCAAUUGAUCCAACUGGAGAUGAACCUUUUCCAGGCCGAAGCGGAUGGGGUGAGGAAGAGCUGAGCUUUAAAGGACACCAGACGACUAAGCACUACGAACAGGAGCAGUAUGUUACAAGCCAACCAAAGGAGUAUCUUCCCUAUUCCUUAGGCAAUCCUUCAAAGCCCAAGGAACGUUUUCCUUACACUGAGUUUUAUCCCUGGAGCCCAGAGGAAACUUUUCCAUCGUACAAUCCAAGUCCCACCAUAUCUCCACCAGUAGACAGAAGCUAUUAUGUGAAUAAUGCUGUUGGACAAGAAGAAAGUACUCUCUAUCCUGCAUGGAGUUCCUGGGACCACAGGAAUCCAACCCCAGAGCAGAAAGAAAGUGGGCCAUAUUUUACCAGAAAUUUCUGGGAUCAGUCAACAAGUCUAUACAAAUCCUAUCUACCAGAUCAGAAGCAGAGCUAUCCCUAUGCCAGUAAUCCUCCUUCUGGGCUCCAGAGAAACCCAACCUGGCAUGAAGAUGAGAAUUUUAACUAUGAUAUGCAAAUUCUGAGGUCAAAUUCACCAGACAGAGAACAUCUGGCUUUCGCAGACCUAAUUCCUCAAAGUUAUCCCGUGGGCCAAACAGAAGCACAUUUAUUUCACCAAGGCCAGAGAGGGUCCUGCUGUAUUGGUGCAGGGCACAGAGACAACCCACUGGCUCUACAGGACUUCACUCCAUCCCACCGCGCCUCACUUGGGGAGAAGCAGGACGCCAACUCUGCACACACAGAAAGCAGUCACACCAAGCAUACGAGACCUGGGGUCACCCCGACAAGCAUCCUUCCUGUCCAAAGAAACAGUUCAGAAAAUAAGCUGACAGCAGAAAGCCCAAACCAGAGCCCUUUUAGAGAUGAUGUGUCCACUCUGAGGAGAAACACACCAUGCUCUGUGAAGAAUCCGGGUGAAAUGGAACUCCUGGCCUUUCCUGAAGCCAUCACUCAACCUCAUACACCUUGCCCCAAAGGUGAUGUUAGAGGAAAUGAUGUUCUGGAGUCCAUUUUUGAAAGCAGGCAGGUCAGCGAAGGCACUGCUGGCCUGACCCCAGAACGGCUCAUCACCGGGACACCUGGCGAAGGCCUGAAGUCCAAAAGCGUCCAAGGUGAGGUUGGAGGGGGUGAGGGCAAGAAGCAGCGUAGGCCGCCCACCGCCCUACAGGUGCCCUGCUUUGGCUCUAAGCAGGCAGAGCUCCACUCCCCCAGCCCAGGACCUCCACCCACUAGUGACCGUGAUCUGCCUGUGCCUACUGAAAACCCCAGCACAUUGGUCAGAUCAGCUACUGAGGAGCAAGCAAAAGGCAUAAGCACAGACCAAUUUAAGACAGAUGAACAUGCUCUGCUUGAGCCCUUCCAGGGCACCAACCUACUGGACCAGAUACAAGACUGCUUACUGCUUCAGGCCUAGGGAAACUUCAUCCAGUCAAUCCUGGGUGAGAGAAAACAACGGACACUCUACACCAAAGGCUCCCCAGCUUUUUCCCUACGACUUAAUUAUCUUACUGUCUGGAGAUCCUUAAGUACUUUUCUCUCCCAGCAAUAGGAAUAGUGGUCCGGGUGGACUUAAGUGAUUGGGCCUCUAGGGCUGGCUGGAUCCAGCACCGUCACAAUUAGUGCAUACCUAAGAAAAAAGUAUAAAGGCCAUGACCACUGCUCCUUGAACUUGGAAGCCAUGAAUCUGAUUUAGUUUCCUUUUGCUUGUUAAUUUCGCAUUUUACUUUCAAAGUUCCCUACUUGCAAAGUUGUCUGGUUUUGCACAUCUAACCAGCUUUGCAUUUUAGAUAGGGAUCUGCAGUGUAAUCCUGGUGCACUCACUGUGUACUUCAUAUACGGAGAUCUGCGCACGAGUGUGGUCCUUAUGCACUCUUCUUGGCUCUUGUCAGCUUUUUAUUUUUUGAGUUAAUAUUCUUUUUGACAUUUUUUUCUUCCUUUAAUUAUUUUCAUCCUUCCCUUUCUUCCUUUUUCUUUCUCUGUCAAUCAUUCUACACCAAGCCUUUCUCUUUUCUUCCCCACCACUUUAUCACUGCUGGCAUGGCAAUUAGCUCUCUGGGCCACCACUGGUCUUUUCUUCACGCUCCUCUGUUGUCCUCCUGGCCUCACAUGCUCUCUUCUGUCUCAUAGUGUGUUGCUGCCAAUCGGUCCCCCUCUUUUUCCAACUUUUGCCACUUCCAUCUGUCUUUUUCCUCUAUUUUCAGAUUUUAAGAUUCAAUACUCUUUUCUUCUUUUUGUAUCUACUCUCUAAAUUCUUCCUAAUUUGUAUGCCAGCCAAAAUCAUCAUUGUAGAAAAUAUUUGAAGCAGUAGACACCGAUGCAUACUUUUUUUUUUUUAAUUUUCUCACGUUCUCUACUGAGUAUACUGCUCAGCUAGAGGAAUACCUUCCAUGGGAAGGGAAGACAGGCUUGUUGCCAGGACCAGUAGUCAAGGGGAAAAUAGGGAAUGAGAACUAAAGAGCGUCACUCUGGGGCUGAGCAUCCAGAAACAAAGCCUGCAACUUGCUGCGGCCUGUCACCAAUGCGUCUUCUCUAGAUCUCAGAAGACAUGUUGGGAAACAGCACCUCUUCAGAUAGUUUUCUCUAUGCUCUCGUUAUAAAUUAUUCCAUCACUGUGUGCUGUGACUAAGAUUUCCUUCUUCUUGUCCUGUAGAAUCACUCAGACACAGCUUCAGGGGAUCUUGAUUAAAUAGUGUAAAUUAUUUUGUAAAGUAGAUGUUUCUAUAUUGUCUGGCUUAGAAUACAUUUGAGCUUUAUUAAUAUGAUUUUUACUAUUAUUGAAGGCAUUUUUGGCCUGUUAUCUGGAUAUUGCUUACAGGGGCAAAAUUCUCAAAAUUCCUUAAAAUGUUACUUUCUAUCCCUAAGGAGCUUUUAGAAGAAAAUUUCCUGGGACAGAUUUUGUAAGAUCUUAAAAAAUUUUGGAAAAGCCUCCUGAAAAGGAAUUUUGGUCUUGUAUCACCUAAAGUGCAUUAAGAGACACCCAGUAAUAAAUGUUUACGGACUGCCUGGCUUUGGGAUGCCUUCCAACACCUGUGAGAGCAGCAUAGAGGGCUGUCCCACCAGUGAGAGAGAGGCCAGUGCGGGGUGCCGAGCCAAGUGCCAGUGCUCAGCUUCCUCGACAUAGCAACACCGGCGUCACACACAACAGACUGUCUAUGCUGCCUGCUGGUUGCUUACACGCCUCCACAUCCCACUGG